AUGGUUGCAGAAGAGCCGGCGCCGGCCCAGGACACUGCUUAUUCUCAUGAGGAGCAGCUUCUCCUUGUGGAGGCCUUGCUGCAGGAGACCUCCCAUGACGAAGUGUUGUCCAGCCAGCGUGCUCGGCGCACUGACAUGGUUUCGACGGACUUUAUGAGUUCGCUUUCUGCACAGGUUGACUCCCUGCUGCUGCAGUCCGCAGCCCUCACUGACGUCAACCUUGAAGACAUCCGCAGGUCGCAGCUAGCGCCUGCAGAGAGUUCGAAAGCAUCUCCUGCGCCUUCACCAGGUGCUCUCAGUUUCAGCACCUCUCCAAGCAGUCCAUCUUCAGCUCGUCAAUGGUCUAUCAAAAGGCCGGAGGGCCACAGACUUGGUUCGCAUUACACUCUGUUCGGCCCUCCUCCUCGACAGACAAGGUCACCGACACGUGCUCAAAGCCCACCGAUGGCGACUUACGAGCGAAACGUCGAGUUCGUGAAGCAAAAACAGGUCCGAUUGGAAAAUGCCCAGAAGGAAAAGGACAAACAGGAGGUAAUGGCGCUGGCUUCGCCCAGCAUCACCGCUGAGUCACGGAAACUCGUUGGAGCAGGUUAUGCUCCGCCGUGGAGCCGAAGUGAAGACGUCAGCCGGUCUGUGAUCCGCAAUCGGAAGGUCACCGAAGACGUCAACGCCAAGAAGGCUGUGGAAGCUGCAGAGCACACCUUUCAGCCCAAGAUCAACGAGCGCAGCAAAGCUAUCUUCAGGCAUGUGCUCGAUGCUGGGGAGCCCUGGCAUGAUCGCAUUCACCAGCGAUCCAAGACCCGCAAAGCGCAUCACGGCUGA